GCUCUCUGCGCGGCAGGGCUCACACUAGAGUUCACCCUCCGUCCACACGGUUGCAUGAUGAGGAAGAGGAGCAUGUCCCUGAGGUGAAACGAUGUCCACCUGUCAACUCCCUCUCAUGAUUGGAGAGUCCAGCCUCCGGAGCUGGAAGCUGAUUGGCUCAGGGGGCUUCGGGCAAAUCUUCAAAGCCAGGCAUUGCGAGUGGGGCUGCGACGUGGCCGUCAAACUGCUCCGCUGUGACGACGGGACCAGCGCGUCGUUGCUGCGGGAGAUCGACAUGAUGCGCCUGGGGAGCAGCCCGCACGUCAUCCUGGUCCGAGGGGUCUUCAAGGGUCGGGUGCCCCACUCGUCCCACGACCAGCUGGGCCUGGUCAUGGACUUCAUGGAGAGAGGGUCCCUGGCCACGCUCCAGGACCGCUUACACGAAGCUCCGCACUGGCCGCUGGUCUUCAGGCUGGUCCACCAAGUGGCUCUGGGUGUGAACUUCCUCCACAGCCUGUCCCCCGCCCUGCUCCACCUGGACCUGAAGCCCGGCAACGUGCUGCUGGACAACGACCUCAACGCCAAGAUUGCAGAUUUUGGCCUCUCCCGGUUUUACCACAGCGUCUCGCGGUGUUCCCAGGUGGACGAGGAGGGAGGCGGGACCACCAGCUACAUGCCGCCGGAGGCGUUUGACCUGGCCUCCAAACCGGGCCAAGCCUACGACAUCUACAGUUACGGUAUACUCCUGUGGUCCAUCGUCACUGGGAAACCGUAUGCACAUGCAAAGUCCAGCUUGGUUCGGCUCCGCAUCCCAGAGGGAGACCGGCCCCCCUCGGACCAGAUCAGGUUCCGGGCUGGUGGAAUCGCCGGGUUGACGAGACUCACGGAGCUCAUGAGGAGAUGCUGGGACACCGAUCCCAAAAGAAGGCCCUCCGCCCUGGCGUGUACAACGGAGACCGAAGAACUUUACGAUAUGCACAAAGUGAACAUUUGUGACGCCGUCCAUCUACUGCUGAAAAAACUGGACCAAAAGGAAGAAGAAAUGACGGAGCAGAUUGAGAGGGUUCCCGACACUCCGGUUUCAGUGAGCGAACGUGAGGAAAUGAAGAUUUGUGAUGCCGUGCCAACCGGUCGCCCACCAAUCCAGGAAAUGGACGGCAGUGGUAAAACAAAUAGAAGAGACGUAGCGAGAGCCAGAGGUCUGCCUUCAUCUCAACCUUCGAGCUCGUGCUAUGAUGACGUGAGCCGCCAGUCGACCGCCAAAGGAGUGAAAAGGUCCUCAGUUUGCCCCAUUCAAUCGUCCCCGUCGUCUCCUUCGACCCGGACAUCCCAUCAAGGCGGAACAGACAAACCUUCCCAUCGGUGUUUUGAACGAAGCCAGCCUUCUCAGUAUUGCCGUCAGCUUUCCAGCCCCGACACGUUAGCCUGCCAACCCGCCGCCGCCGCCGCACAAGUCCUUAUUAACCUUUGCCAUGUGACCGGGGUACAGUACGGCAACAACAACACCAUGAACCUCCAAGUGGGAGAGCGCCUGGCAAGGAAAAGGCACCCAACGGCACCGCCUAGAGUCGACCUCUGAGGAAGCUGCAAGGACAAGACGGGAGGGGUUUAAGUUCUCUAAUUCCCUGAUUCAGUUCUCUACGCUUGAAUCAUUCUUUCUUGCACAACAGGAAGGUCAUUUUUUGUGUGAGUUUUAACAAACAGUUUGCUCUGUUUUUGCUUUAAAAAAAAUAUCUGGACAGAAUUCAUGUUUUUACAUUUUUCAUUUAGCAUCUUUUGUUACAACAAUUAAAACCAAAUGAGCUCCAACUCUCACACCUCUCUUUUGCCCUGUCAGCAGUAUAAAUAGGAGCCAAGUCUGGACAUAUGGUUCUGCUCUAACGCCAACUGUUGUCAACAAAUAUAUCCUCAGUCGCCGUGCCAGCUCACAUUCAAGUGCCAGAAAUUACCAGAUCAACAGAUUGAUUAUUAAUCAAAACAGUUAGAUAUAGUCUUCAUUGGGUUUUUUUUCAGCCUUAUUGACAGGUGAACACCGGACCAAUCGUUUGUCAAGGAGGUUCAAACUAAAAUAAGGAAUAAUUUGUAUUAUUCUGAUACUGAUACUUGCAUGGAAACAUUGAUCAUUAAACAAGAUUGUAUAUUUAUAUAUAUACAGGACUGUCUCAGAAAAUUAGAAUAUUGUGAUAAAGUUCUUUAUUUUCUGUAAUGCAAUUAAAAAAACAAAAAUGUCAUGCAUUCUGGAUUCAUUACAAAUCAACUGAAAUAUUGCAAGCCUUUUAUUCUUUUAAUAUUGCUGAUUAUGGCUUACAGCUUAAGAAAACUCUAAAAUCCUAUCUCAUAAAAUUUUAAUAUUUCCUCAGACCAAGUAAAAAAAAGAUUUAUAACAGCUGAGUGUUUGUCAAGGCUCAGGAAACCCUUGCAGGUGUUUCGAGUUAAUUAGACAAUUCAAGUGAUUUGUUUAAUACCCUACUAGUAUACUUUUUCAUGAUAUUCUAAUAUUUAGAGAUAGGAUAUUUGAGUUUUCUUAAGCUGUAAGCCAUAAUCAGCAAUAUUAAAAGAAUAAAAGGCUUGCAAUAUUUCAGUUGAUUUGUAAUGAAUCCAGAAUGCAUG